AACAUCAACAAGCAUUCAAUCACAGUGUUCACACGUCGUUGGUAUUGAUUAAACAAGAACAUUUGCUAUUAUAUCUGAAAUAGGCUCAUAAGUUUCGAAUCUGCUCUGGAAAUUUCAAGAAAAAGUUUCAACGGUCUCGAGCUUUCAUUUAACCGAUUAAGCAUUCAAAAGCCUACAAAAGUUAAGAUCCAAAACCAAAAAGGACCCAUAUUAUACAUAUAUAAUAACCAUCAUAACGGCUGUAAUUUUUCAAUCAGCUAGCUAAUCAGAUUGUUAUUCUUUAUUAAUUGCUAAUCAAUCCAUCAUGAGCUCAGCAUCAUCGUUAAGCAAUGAAAGUGUCACUUCUGACGCUCCUCAACCAUUUGGGGGACGACAACGUCAAAGUGAAGAACUUCACAAAGUUCAUACAAUUUCAUCAUUGAAUCCACCUGAGGAAAACUUCAUUUCAAGUAUCAAAAAGACUCUUACUCAUCAAUCCCAAAAAGACAAUAAUGAUUAUGAAGACUUCACAGAGAAAAACAUUUAUGGUGAAGAUUUAGACUCCAAUGAAAUUCAAUUGAAAAGAACCCAAACCAAAGCUACAAUCAUUAAUACUUUAGAAGAACGUGCAGCUCAAGAAUAUCAAAAUACCCAAGACCUUGAUAUUGAAUCAAUGGCUGAAGCAUUACCAACUUUGAACGAUGGUACUGAAUUUCAAAAAAUUGAUCCAGAAUUAGUUACAUGGGAUGGUGAUGAUGAUCCAGAAAAUCCUAAAAAUUGGUCAGAUACUAAAAAAUGGGUUAGUGUUGCUUGGGUUGCACUUUAUACAUUAUUAUCACCAUUUGCUUCAACAAUGUUAUCACCUGCUAUUUCUUCAAUUUCUGCAGAUUUCCAUAAUGAUAAUUCUACAAUUUCUGCAUUAAUGGUUUCCAUUUAUAUUCUAGCAUGGGCUAUUUUCCCUCCUUUCAUUGCUCCAUUAUCAGAAAUGUAUGGAAGAAAAAUCGUUUUAGAUGUUUCAGUUUGGUUUUUACUUGCAUUCAAUUUUGGUUGUGCUUUCAGUCAAAACACUACACAAAUGUGUGUUUUCAGAUUACUCGCUGGUAUUGGAGGUGUCGCACCUAUCAACAUUGGGGCAGGUGUUAUCUCAGAUACCAUGGAUCUUGAACAAAGAGGUAAAGCCAUCAUUUUAGGACCAACAUUAGGACCAUGUUUAAGUGCAUUGAUUGCAGGUUAUAUUGUUGAAAGAGCAGAUUGGAGAUGGUGUUUCUAUGUGCUAUGUAUGUUCAAUUUUGCAAUCGCAGUUGGUGGUAAUUUAUUUUUGAAAGAAACAUAUGCACCAACUUUAUUGAGCAGAAAAGCUGCAAAACUUAGAAAGUUGACUGGUAAUCAAAAUUUACACUGUAUUUAUGAAGUUGCCACUGGUGAAACCACAUUUGGUAAAUUUUAUGUUAAUUUAAGCAGACCACUUUCCGUCCUUUUCAAAAACCCAAUGGUUCUUGGUUUGGGUAUCUUCAUGGCUGUCGCAUAUGGUUGUUUAUAUAUUUUAAUUGUCACUUUCCCAGCUGUUUGGGGUGAAGUUUACGGUUUUGGUAAAGGUAGUACAGGGUUGAUGUACUUGUCAUUUUUAAUUGGUUAUAUUAUUGGUAUUGUGUUUUUCCAAUACUCUGCUACUUGGGUCUUACACAGGCUAAUUGCCAAAAACAAUGGUGUUUCUAAACCAGAAUUUAGAUUGCCUAUGUUGUUGGUCAGUGGUAUAACUUUGCCAGUUGGUUUGUUCUGGUAUGGUUGGGGUGCUGAAAAGAAAUUACAUUUCAUGUUUCCAGCUGUUGGUGCAGCAAUUUUUGGAUUUGGUCUUAUCGCUGUGUUUUAUUGCAUUCAAAACUACUUGAUUGAUAUGAAUCCAAGAUUCGCUGCAAGUUCAAUUGCAGCUGCUUCUAUCUUCCGUUCCUACCUUGGUUUUGCGUUCCCAUUAUUUGCACCAAUAAUGUUUAAAAAUGUUGGGUAUGGUUGGGGUUGUUCCAUUUUCGGAUUUAUUGCAUUAGCUACUGGUAUACCAUUCCCGCUGUUUGUGAUUCUUUACGGUGAAAGAUUAAGAUUAUGGGGUAAUAGAAUCAUGGAUAGAGCACAAGCUAAAAGAGAUGCAAAGAAUUUGGCCAGACUAAAAAGAAUGCAAGAAAAACAAUUGGUUCAAUCUGAACAACAUAAAGAUGCUACUUCAGAAUCAUCAUAA